UGACAAACUCACAGCCGACCAAUCAAUAUCAGUGGAUGUUGGAAAAGUAAAACGGUGGAGGUCUGGAAGGCUGGGGGAGGGGAAGGGAGAAUCAGAAGACCCGCGAGAAGGAAGAGGCUUGACAGUCCAAUUUGGACUAGAGUCCACGCAGCGAUGGAUGGCCAACAGUGAUUCCGUCUUGUCUUUUAGACUUCUAUAAAUACAACAAAAGUUUUCCAGCGAGCUGGAACAAAGCGACAGAAGCUUCUGUUUCAGAUUUGUUGUCACAGCACUUGUUUGGGGGAAUCAGCCAGGCCAGUUGUGUCUCUCUCAGCCCCAAUUCCAUUUCUCAAGAUCCUUCGCCUCUCUUCUCACAGUCCCUCCUCUUUGUUAACUCUCGCGGCUUCUCUUCAACUCUCUCUAUGUAUUUUCUGCUUCAAAUUCUUUACAUGGGCUGGUAUCUCUUCUGAUACUUCCAACUUUAGAGAUUGGCAUUGGUCAUCUCAAAAUUGGUCACCAGACGCAUUGUCUUAGUGGUUGAUGCAAGUGGAAAUGGACUUCCUAAUUGUGCUUUUACUAUUGGUUUGCUUAUUCUCUUUUGUAUCUUCUGAUUUUCAAGGAGAUGCUCUAUUUGCACUGAAAUUAUCAUUGAAUGCUUCGGCUAAUCAACUUACUGACUGGAAUCAAAAUCAAGUAAACCCUUGUACUUGGUCCCGUGUUUACUGUGACCAAAAUUCCAAUGUUGUUCAAGUUUCAUUAGCAUUGAUGGGAUUUACUGGGUUCUUGACCCCAAGAAUUGGGGCUCUAAAAAGCCUUGCAACUCUUUCAUUGCAAGGGAAUGGCAUCACCGGUGAAAUACCAAAAGAAUUAGGGAAUCUGACUAGCUUAAUCAGAUUGGAUCUGGAAAACAAUAGAUUAACAGGACAAAUACCGUCUACCCUUGGUAAUCUUAAAAGGCUUCAGUUCUUGACUUUGAGUCAAAACCAUCUCAGCGGGAAUAUUCCUGAAUCACUUGGCAGUCUUCCUAGCUUGAUCAAUGCUCUGCUGGACUCAAAUAAUCUCAGCGGUCGAAUUCCUGAACAGUUAUUUGAUGUUCCUAAAUACAAUUUCAGUGGAAAUAAGUUAAAUUGUGAUAUGAAUUACCGCCACCCUUGUGCCUCUGAUAAUGCAGAUCAAGGUUCAUCACAUAAGCCGAAAAUUGGCCUUAUAGUCGGAAUUAUUGUUGGGUUAAUUGUUGUAAUUUUUCUCGGUGGUCUGCUGUUCUUCUGGUGUAAGAGUAGACGCAAGGGCUACAGACGAGAAGUUUUUGUGGAUGUUGCAGGUGAAGUUGAUCGGCGAAUUGCAUUUGGUCAACUGAAAAGAUUUGCUUGGAGAGAACUACAGAUAGCCACGGACAACUUCAGUGAAAAAAAUGUUCUAGGACAGGGAGGCUUUGGAAAAGUUUAUAAAGGUGUUCUUGCUGAUAACGCUAAAGUUGCUGUCAAAAGGUUAACUGAUUAUGAAAGUCCUGGGGGAGAUGCUGCUUUCCAGAGGGAAGUUGAGAUGAUAAGUGUAGCUGUUCAUCGGAACCUGUUACGGUUGAUUGGGUUUUGUACUACUCCAACUGAACGUCUUCUAGUUUAUCCCUUCAUGCAGAAUUUAAGUGUUGCCUAUAGACUAAGAGAACUGAAACCUGGAGAACCUGUUUUAGAUUGGCCAACAAGAAAAAGAGUGGCUUUAGGCACAGCCCGUGGCCUAGAAUAUCUUCAUGAGCAUUGCAAUCCUAAGAUUAUUCAUCGGGAUGUGAAGGCUGCAAAUGUAUUACUAGAUGAAGAUUUUGAGGCAGUUGUUGGUGACUUUGGUUUGGCGAAGUUAGUUGAUGUUCGAAAAACUAAUGUGACAACUCAAGUUCGUGGGACAAUGGGUCACAUAGCUCCUGAGUACUUGUCCACUGGGAAAUCUUCUGAAAGGACAGAUGUUUUUGGUUAUGGCAUUAUGCUUUUGGAGCUUGUUACAGGUCAACGGGCAAUUGACUUUUCUCGUUUGGAAGAGGAAGAUGAUGUGUUGUUACUUGACCAUGUUAAGAAACUAGAAAGGGAAAAGCGUCUAGAUGCUAUUGUCGACUGCAACCUAAAUAAAAAUUACAACAUACAAGAAGUUGAAAUGAUGAUACAAGUUGCAUUACUCUGCACCCAAGCUUCGCCCGAGGACCGUCCAGCAAUGUCAGAGGUUGUUAGAAUGCUAGAAGGAGAAGGGCUGGCUGAAAGGUGGGAGGAAUGGCAACAUGUGGAGGUUAUACGGAGGCAAGAAUAUGACAGAAUACAAAGAAGAUUUGACUGGGGAGAAGAUUCAGUUCAUAACCAAGAUGCCAUUGAGUUGUCUGGUGGAAGAUAAGGCGGUGAUCCAUAAAUUUGAAUUAGUCAUAUUUUAUGUUGCGUUAUCUGUUUUUCUGACAGGUUAGCUUGGCAGGAGAUGCGAGUUAACUGUAAACCCCCGCCCCGGGGGGGGGGGGGACACUAAUCUUUUAUGCUCUGCAAAUGUUGCUUAUUGAGAUCUUUGUCUCUGUUGGUGUUGUAUAUAAUUUGAAUGCCUACUGUUCUGACUUUGGGCGUUGUUUCCCAUUUUUAGCUAUCAAUCGUACAGAAUCUGUACUUUUUUUUCU